AUGGAGCCCGUUCCUGAGACGGAGCGUAUGGAGGCGUUCAAGUCCUCACCUGUGCCCUCCCUUCGUCUUAGUAGCAACCCGAAUGCUAUUCCACCGUUGGACCUGGACAUGGUGAGGAAACCGCCCACCAUACGUCGCAGUACCGACCCGAACCCAACCUCACCAAUUUCACCAUCAUGGAGUUCGGCACCUUCUGUUGCCUUGCCUUACAGACCACGAACUGCAUCCCCCCUAUCAGGAGGCCAUUCACGAUCGCGGUCUGCCGCUAGCCUCGCUUCCCCCAUGUCACGAACCCAGUCUAUGCCCGGAGUCAGCGGUUCGGGGCGUAUUUUGUACUCACCCGGCUUACGACCCGCAAGUCCCUCCAACUCUAGCUCCCCAAGUCGUGUUCGAACGCCAAGAAAGCCUGUCGAUGAAGCUUUUCCUGCGACAUCUCCGGUCCGGACGAGUGUUCUCGAACAAGACAAGAAGCAACCCGACCGAAGCAGCUCACCCGUUCUUGGAGGAGCAAUUGUGUCAUCAAGUCGACUUAGGAGAUCCUCGUCUCCUUUUCGAAGUGUGCCACCGCCGAGUUCCAGCGCUCUUUCUUUACUACCCUCGCCACCGUCCUCCGUUUCGUCAGCUUCCUCUUUACGAGGCUACGAUGCUCUGUCAGCUAGUUAUGGGGGUAGCCUAUCUUCCGUCCCAUCCACACCGACGUCAGCUCGAUCACGCAGCCCCAGCAUCUCAAGUUUGGAAACCAUUCCUGACUCUCCAGAUGCAGAAGAGGCCGCUUUGGAAGCCGAGAAAUUAACUCAGCUCAAGGUUGCCGCAGAAGGAGCAGAUGGCGGCGAUUCUUUCGAUUCCAAAGGUCGACCACCUAUGGACGCACCUCCCAGGGGCAGAACUCUUAGCUAUGGACCAAGGGACAAACGCAAGCGAUGGAGUGUCUGUGGAGCCGAAAGACGCGGCGAUUUAGAUCUGGAGACAAUUUGGGAGGACUGA